CAUGUGUGCUGGGAGUGCACAGAGCGCACUCUCAGCACAUAUGUUUUUCUUAAUUGCACACAAAUCCCCAUCAGUGCCACCUGUCAGUGUCCAUCAAUGCCAGCUGUCAGUGCUCAUCAUUGCCAUCUGUCAGUGCCCAUUAGUGCCACAUCAAUGCCACAUAUCAGUGCCUACCAGUGCACAUCAAUACCACAUAUCAGUGCCCAUCUGAGCUGCCUUUCAGUGCCACCUAUUAGUGCUGCCAGUCAGUGCCGCCAGUCAGUUCUGCCUAUCAGUGCGCAUCAGUGCCACCUAUCAGUGUGCAUCAGGGCCUGUCAGUGCUGCCAAUCAGUGCCACCUACCAGUGCCAGGCAGUUCCGCCUAUCAGUGUGCAUCAGUGCCACCUAUCAG